UUUUAAAACAACGAGGUGUAUCGCCAUCACCCCAUAUAUCUCAACACGUACGAUGUCCCGGUUCACGAAGAAGGGACGCCCGCCGCCAGGGUAUGAGUACAUUCAACCUGUGAUGGAUGCGCUAGAGAGCGAGCUGAGAGAGCGCACCACGGAUCCACAUGAAGGCUUGCGCAAGUGCGAAGCCAUGUGGCCCAUCCAGCAAAUCAACUGGCAGCGAAGUCGGUACGUUUACGACAUGUACUACAAAUACAGCAAGAUCUCCAAAGAAGUGUACGAGUACUGCCUGCGCAUGAAGUUGGCCGAUGCCAACUUGAUUGCGAAGUGGAAGAAGCCAGGUUACGAACGUCUGUGCAGCACGUUUGCGAUCAACUCGAAGAAUUACAACUAUGGGACCGUGAGCAUUUGCCGAGUGCCCAAGCACCAAUUGGCAGACGCACAGCAGAUCCAGGAACGGCAUUCGGGAUGCCGCGGGUGUGCCUCUGGUCCCGGUGGGUACCACAACAUCUUCGGCAACAAGUAUGGCCAGCACUUGGCUGCGAUUCAGAUCAUGCGCGAGCGCCGAGGGGGCGAUGGCGUGUGGGCUCAGAACGAGGCCGCGGACGUGUCGGAUGUGGAAGAAAGCGACGACGAUGACCAAGCAUCAGUGCCGAACGAAGUAGACGACGAGACAAAGAUCGACCCCGACGAAGAAGAAAAAGAAGAGGUGGACGAGGAGGCCGCCGCCCCCAACGCCAAAAAGCGAAGAACCGAUUAACAAUCAUCCUAGCAGCAAUGCCAUCUUGAUCUCUUACGUCGGUUGCUCGCGCAUAAUGAGUUGCAACCACCUGCAUGAUAUCCACACAAGUACAAUAGACGACAUCACGCCUUCACUGCAAUAUGAGAUCUGUACACCAAC